CUGUUCGGUGCUUGCUGCUCGGAGUUAAGUGUCAGGGACGUUGCAAAGAAGCAAAGUGCUUCCUGGCUCCUAGAAUUUAAAAGGAAGAUCCCUUGAUGGGGUCGGUGACUAUGGCCGCCAUGUUGGCCAGUGGCUGCCGGAGCUUCGGUAUACCCAUGGCUCUCGUGCGAACACUUGACAUCUCCCAUUCGGUUCUUACCAAGCACUACAACAAACGUUCUCUGAAAUGGUUUUAUCCAAGGAGUUCACAUAACAAUGCACUUGCCAGUGAAUCCUCAAGAGUAUACUCUAACAACUCAACCACUACUUCUAAUGGGUACCCAAAGUAUGACCGUUUGCUUCCGUGUCCAUCACAAAAUUGGGCACCAAGAGUUGAACACUUGGUUGUUUCAGAAGGAGGACCUGUCUUAGAAUAUAUUUGCAAAGCUCUAGAUUUUCCUCCUUUGUUUGUUGCAGAUCUAAUCCAGUUUGGGGCUGUAUACUAUGCUCUUGUCUGUCCUCAACCCCCUCCUAGCGCUACUCAGGAGGAGAUUAGGAUAUUCAAAGAAGCAACAGAACCAUCAGUUUUGAGAAAGAGAUCUUCAAUCAAAGGGAAAACUAUACGAGAGGCCCAGAAGACUUUUCGAGUAACUCAUGUGGAUCAGUUUGUGGAACCAGGAACCUAUUUAAGAGUACAUGUACACCCUAAACGCUUUCCAAGGUGUUAUGAGAUUGACUGGAGAUCAAGAAUCAUAGCUGUGGCUGAGUCAUAUGUGGUUUUGGAUAAACCGGCUGGAACAUCAGUAGGUGGCACUACCGACAACAUUGAAGAAUCUUGUGCAACCUUUGCAACCCGUGCCUUGGGACUUACAACCCCGUUGAUGACUACCCAUCAGAUAGACAAUUGCACGGAAGGCUGUGUAGUAUUUGCUAGGACUAAAGAAUAUUGCUCUGUCUUUCAUGGUAAAAUCAGGGAGAAAAAGGUGAAGAAGCUUUAUCUUGCUCUCGCAGCUGCUCCUGUGCCAUGUGGAAUUAUUAGCCAUUAUAUGCGUCCAGUUAACAGGGCUCCUCGUCUUAUUUCUGAAGAUUACGUUGAGGGAUGGCACUUGUGUCAACUUGAGGUCAUGGAAUGCAGAAAGGUCCCCUGGCCAACUACUCUUAUUCAAGACAAGUUUUGUAUUGAAGAUUGUGGAUGGCCUUCCCAAGAUUAUGCGUAUGAGUGUACAAUCAACCUUCUUACUGGUAAAACUCAUCAGAUUCGAGCCCAAUUUGCUGCGAGUAAGGCACCACUAGUUGGUGAUUCUAUGUACAUGCCAGCUGCACUUGAGGAGAUGGCUAACCCUGGAACUAAUCCGUUUGGAAAACACAAGAAAGAUCUUAUUGCUGAGGGUGAAAAGGAAAUGGCUGUUUCAAAUUGGAUUGCACAACACGGGAAGGAACCAAGUGUUGCAAUUGGCCUUCAAGCCUGUCAAAUAUCGUGGGAUGACGGUGAUCACUUUUACAAAGCAGGGUCCCCUUGGUGGAGGUGUGAAAAUGCUUAAGGGUGCAUGCUUAUUGGCAAGACGCAGCGGCAAAUUCCCAUUUCUUUUGCCUCCAGUUUUUUGAGCAUGCUGUCAUUCUAAUUGAGAGGGUUUCUCAUCCUAUUAAGGACGCAAGAAUUCCUUAAAGAUUGGAGAAGUUAGACGGUAAGUCUAUUCCUAGGUUCACAAAAAUAAAUGAAAAGAAGACAAUCAGAGGGUGUUAAUUGUGGUAUCAUGUGCUUCGGUGGCUUGUAGUACACAUUCCUUCAGAAUUAAAUUGACAAGGUGAGCCAGAGCAGAGAUGAUUCUUGAAUUGAAAUAUUAGUUUAUGAAGAGAAAAUGAAGCUUACAGACUCUGCUUGGUGAUGGAAGCACCGAGCAAAAGUCAUAAAUUAUUGAAGCGAAGUUGAUUGGGCUUUGGUAUAAAUUAUUCAACUUUGGCGCCUGUCUUGAAUUGUCUGCGCUGGUUUUCCUGCUCCUUCUCGUGUUCUGAACUAAAAGCCUCUGUUUUAUGCUUUGUAAUGAAAUGCUUAUACCAACAUGCUGAUAAUUUUUGAGUUCUCUUCAGAGUAGAAUAAUCAAUAUAGUAUAGCCCGAAUCUUCAUAUAUAUCCAUGUAACCACUGAAGGUUGUCAAGCAAGGACCAGGCAAAGUACCCCCUCACAUCUGCUCCUUUCCUGAUCACAUGUUAAGGAAGGGGGGGGGGGAAUCAAGAACGCAAAAGUGAUAUUAAUUUAGUAAUUUAAUUUCUGGUGAUUCAUUAGUCUCAA